GCUACCCAAGCAGUACUGUAGAAAACAGAAAGUUCACAGGAAUGACAAGCAAAUUGGUAUAUGGUUUGAAAACAAGUCAUCAUUUACAAGAAGUCAAGUACUACAUGGCCAUUCAAGGAAGAUGCAGAUUUGGAAUUCCAUUAUUUCACAACUACUUAACAGUUGUUGACUCACCAACCCCUUCAGUGGGCAAAUGCAGUAGAGUCUGCCAAGAACUUACUAGGAAGCUGCCUAUGUCUAUCUAUUACAGUAGCCAUGAAUAACGACCAAUCAAUUAAGAGGAUUAGACUUGAAAUCUACUCCAUCCUGUUUUUUUUUAUACUUUUUGCAGUUCCUAUAUAGGUUUAAAGCAUAAGACUAAAUUUAAGAUCGUUCAUUAGCAACUACCUACCUUCUCCAAUCUCCACAAACAAGAUCACUAUCAUCUGUAUUUAUCAGUCACCAAAUGAAUCAAGAAACUAUUACGGCUGUUCGACAGAUUUCAAAAAGCACCAUCAAACCACACACAGUUUCAGAAGAAUCAAAACAACCACACUAUUUGACUCCAUGGGAUCUAUCCUUUUUCAAUGCACAGUACAUCCAAAAGGGUCUUCUCUUUCGGAAACCUUUACCUUCACCAGAAGAUCCAAACCCAACCAUAACUUUCAUCAAUCAACUUAAACAAUCUCUAUCUAUGACAUUAACUCAUUACUACCCUCUUGCAGGUCGUAUGGUGACAAAAAAGCAAGACAAUCCACCAUUUUAUGGAAUUUACAUAGACUGCAGCAAUGACUCUGUAGGAGCUGAGUUCAUUCAUGCUGCUGCAGAUAUAACCAUGCUGGAUAUUCUUACCCCAAUCGAUGUGCCCCGGAUCGUGCAAUCAUUUUUUGCUCUUGAGGGAGCCAUUUGCCAUGAUGGGCACAUCGAGCCUUUGUUGGUGGUACAGGUGACUGAGUUAUUGGAUGGCAUUUUUGUGGGCUGCACUUUUAGCCAUGUUUUAGGUGAUGGAACUUCUUACUGGAAAUUCUUCCACGCGUUUGCAGAAAUCAAUAGGAAUCUAAGAAAAUCCAGCAAACAGGCAGGCGAUCAACAUACUGAAUGCAAUAUUUCUCAUCCACCUAUAACUAAGCGCUGGUUUACGGAAGGCAACGGAGAUCCAAUCCUCAUCAACCUUCCAUUCUCUCACCAUACAGAAUUCAUCGAACGAUACAAGCAACCACUCCUCAGAGAACGAAUGUUCCAUUUCACUGCGGAAUCACUGUCAAAACUCAAAGCUAAAGCCAAUGAAGAAUGUAACUCAAAACAUACUCAAAUUUCUUCUUUUCAAGCCUUAAGUGCACUCGUUUGGAGGUCAAUAACACGGGCACGCCACUUUCCUCCAGAUAGAAAAACAGGUUGCAAGUUUGCAAUUAACGAUAGGUUGCGACUGAACCCACCUUUGUCAGAGAACUACUUUGGCAAUUGCGUUCAGACAGUUUGUGGAACUACAACUGUUGGGGAGCUAUUAGAGCAUGGUAAUGGAUGGGCGGCUAUGCUUUUGCACGAGGCAGUAAAGGAACACACCGAUGAAAAGAUACGAGGAUUGAGAGAGGAAUGGAUGAAGAAACCACGUAUAUACCAGAUGGGGCCAUUUUUUGAUCCGGCAAGUGUAAUGAUGGGAAGUUCACCAAGAUUUGACGUUUAUGGUUGCGAUUUUGGGCUGGGAAUGGCAGUAGCUGCAAGAAGCGGAUUUGCUAACAAAUUCGACGGGAAGGUGACAUCAUACCGUGGUCUAACAGGGAUAGGAAGUGUGCUGCUCGAGGUUUGUCUUCCUCCUGAAUCAAUGAGUGCACUUGAAUCUGACGAAGAAUUCAUGGAUGCUGUAUCUCCUCAUGAAAUUCAUUGUCAACACAUCUUGCCUGUGUUUGAUUAGCAUUGCUAAGGGUGCCACUGCUGCGUCCAGUCCAAGUCAACAGGAUGAAUUCAACCAAGCAGAAAUAAAGAAUCAGAAUUAUUUACCUUGCGUCAGCCAUUACGUUUAUGUUAUGACUCCUUGCUGUUGAAGUUGUUUUUGUGUUUUUUGUUUUGUUUUUCUUAUAGAAGAAGUUAAACGAACUACCAACCACACCAUAGACUGAGUUUUGCAAUUUCCUGUUUAAUUGACCAAAUUUUGAGGACCUA